AUGGAGCCGUCAGUGAAGGAGAGUGUCUCGCGCAUCCCGCUGCUGAAGACGAAGGCGGGCCCACGCGAUGGGGACAAGUGGACGGCGCGACUCAAGGAAGAGUACGCUUCUCUCAUCACCUAUGUGGAGCACAACAAGGCGAGCGACUCGCAUUGGUUUCACCUGGAGAGCAACCCCCAAGGAACACGCUGGUACGGUACCUGCUGGACCUACUACAAGAAUGAAAAGUACGAGUUCGAGAUGAACUUCGACAUCCCGGUCACGUACCCGCAGGCGCCACCGGAGAUUGCGCUGCCGGAGCUGGAGGGCAAGACGGUGAAGAUGUACAGGGGCGGCAAGAUCUGCAUGACGACGCAUUUCUUUCCCCUAUGGGCACGCAAUGUGCCGUACUUCGGCAUCAGCCACGUCCUCGCCCUCGGACUUGGGCCGUGGCUGUCCAUUGAGGUGCCCGCUAUUGUUGAGGAAGGGUAUCUGAAGCCCGCCAGCGCAGCAGCAGCGCCAGCGACUACUGAGUAG